CAGAACUAUUUGAAUUAAACAGACUAAAACUAGCCCAUCAUAUUCCAUGGGACUAUUUGUUUUCAUGAGUUUCUGCUUCAUGUAACGGAUUCAUCGAGGGUCAAGGUGAAUGGACUAUCAAACAAUAAAAUGGAUCUCUGUUAUGAGGCUUUGAAUGGAUCCUGUGGGAAGUAUAUACAACCGUACAGCGUCCACAUUCCGAUGCUCAUCGCUGUGAUGUUGAUCACCUUUGUGACCAUGAUUGGGAAUUUACUGGUCAUCAUCUCCAUAGGGCAUUUCAAGCAACUCCACACACCAACAAACCAGCUGAUUCUGUCUCUCGCUCUGUGUGACUUUCUGCUCGGGCUGUUUGUAAUGCCGUUGAGUGCUGUUCGUUCCAUUCAGGGCUGUUGGUACUUUGGUGAUUUCUUGUGUAAGUUACACACAUGCAUUGACAUUACUCUCAGCACCGCUUCAAUUUUCCACCUCGUGAGUGUGUCUGCUGAGCGCUGCUGUGCCGUGUGUCGCCCACUAACAUAUCAUUCCUGCAUCGGUUUUCCAACGGUGCUGUUAAUGAUCUCUACAAGCUGGCUGAUCCCUGCCAUAUUCGCUUACGUGAUUACCUUCUUCGAGCUCAACCUCCAGGGCGGUAAGGACUUCUAUGAAACACAUGUACGCUGUGUGGGAGGAUGCCACGUCUUCUUUAGUCACGGUCCGGCGGUGAUCACCUCCCUGGUUUCCUUCUACAUCCCUGGCUUUGUCAUUAUUGGGAUCUAUUCUAGAAUCUACAUGGUGGCCCAAAAGCAAGCGAGAUCUAUUAGUCAUCAGCUGAACCAGCUGAGGAGAAGUUAUUCAUCGGGAAGCACACGACGUCAGGCACGGAAGGCUACAAUAACGAUUGCUAUCGUGGUUGGAGUUUUUCUGGUUUGCUGGACUCCCUUUUUCCUCUGUAACAUCCUGAAUCCUUUUAUUGGCUACACAACUCCCCCGAUGCUGAUUGAUGCACUUGUUUGGUUUGGCUAUGUUAAUUCCACCUUAAAUCCUUUUAUUUAUGCAUUCAUGUAUUCUUGGUUCAGAAAAGCUGUAAGGAUUAUAGUAACUGGGGAAAUAUUUCAAAACAAUAGCAGCAGAAAACAGUUAAACUACUUAACUAAUGCCUAAUUCAGAAUAGCAUACUACUCUUACUACGAAUCAUUUGGGCCAGUUAAUUUACUUCAAAAAGGCCCUGUUUACACCUGGUAUUAAGAUGCGUUUUGGUCAAUUGAAUCACAAGUGGACGACGCUAAACACAGAUGUAAACGGGGUGUAAAAUGUUUUGAGCUUGUCCACUUUCGACCACUUCCAGAGGUAGUCGAAAACACAUUCGACCGGAUUGCUUUCCUAGUGUAGACGCUCAUGUGGUCAAAUGCAUUUCAAACAGCCGCAGAAGACCGCCUACUCUCCGCCUGCUUACCUAAUGCCUAAACAUUAUGGGAAGCGCGCUAGCCAGACAAAACUUUGUCGGCUGAAGAUUGGUUUAAAGCCAAAAAACGUUAAACCCAGUGUUCUCACACUAUUCUUGGUUUCUUUUUAAAUGCAAUUUCAUAAUACCAUGUAAUGUCUGUAUAAUAUGUUCUUUUAUUAAUUUGUACAUUUCAGAAUCAAUUUAUUUCAGAAUGAUAUUCCAAAGUAAGAAAGACAUUACAAAUUCGACCCGGAAAUUCAAAAUUGAGAUCGCUCCCCCUAGCAGUGAACCUUUCUGAAACUUUCCAAAACAGCUGUGACGUAACGAAGCCAUACUUGCUGAUUAAAUCACGUGACUUUGGCAGUUUGAUACCCGCUCCGAACCACAGUUUUGAAUCUUUUGUUGUGCAGGUAUCAAACUGCUAAAGUCUUGUGUCACGAAGCAGUUUCAAAAGUGCACAUCACUACUCUUAACAUCUUGCUGUAUCUUAUACUAUACAUGGCAGUAAUAGUAAGAGCAGUGCUCAUGUAUGCUAUUUCAUAUUCAUCAUUUGCAGUUGAGUCAUGUUCCAACAUCAUAUAUAACAAACUUUUUCAGAAUGAAUAGUUUACCCCAAAAUGAUAUUUCCGUUUGAAUUUUAACUGUGUGAAAAAUCAUAAAAACCACAAACAUAGUCUAUACAGUUUGUGCACUACACUACAUUCCAAGUCCUCUGAAGUUUUAUGUGAUGCAAAGACUGCAUUUUCCAUUUAAAAAAUAUUCCUCUCUGCGGCAGCUCUCAAAUGUAUUUUUGCAUUUGUUAUUUGUCAUAUGGCCUCAGAAGAUUCAAUUAUUUAUUUUUUCAUUUUUAAAUCAUUUUUAUGGUGCUUCCCUGGUAAGCCAUACUUUUCUAUUUUGAAGCAGGCUGGAAUAAGGAAAUACUACAUUGGAGAGAUUUUACAGUGAAUUUAUUGCAGUGCACCUCAAAAGAGACGUCAGUGUCCAAAAGAGAGUCACUUGCGUUAAUAACUGGUUGUCAGAUAUUCAAACUCUGUCUGAACAGAUCAUGACUAAAAUAGUAGUAACAAAAGCAGCUUAUUUGUGAACAUUUUCUGUUAUGAAACAGUAUGGGUGCUAUCAUUAUAAUGCUCACUUAAAUGCAUUUAUGCUGAUGAUUUAUAAUAAUGCACUCCUGUAUGAUUUAAUUAAUACUAAAUAUAGUAUUAUUUCAUGCUGUUUAUGUUGUUUUUAGAGUCCAAGGCCAUCUGUUACAUGAUUGUUUGUGUUUUAGUUAGAUAAUUCUCUCUUAAUGAUGUUAAACGCUUUCACUCGACUCAUUUAAUCUGCUGUUGGAUUCGAAAGUUUGGAUCAAAGUGCUGGUGUGCGCUGUUCGUCUCUUGACUGCCAUUUCAUAUCACGCCUGGGAUAAAGAUCAGUGGGUGAUUAUGGGUAAACAGGCUGAUGUCAUACUGCACCUGAUGGGUUAUUAGUGCUGAGGAGGCUGUUGUUGUAUUCAUCCUAAUGACUGACAGUGUUAAUGAUGGGACUUCACACAUUUGGAUUUUGAGGCAUGUUUGAGAGUCAUUAAAAUGGAGUGGUUGUAACAAGUCUCAUGGGAACUUUUGUUCACCAAAAUAACAGAAAACAUUACAUCACUGCAGAGGAGUGUGUUUGUGAGUACGGGGAGUUUGUUUAGUCCCUAUGCAUGUGUGUUUAUGUGACAAUAGACAUGAAGCAAAAGCAAAUGUAAUUUAAUGUGAAUUAAAUUCAUUUUCAUGAAAUUUAAAAUGUAAAAUAUUAUCAUGGUAUAUUUGAAAAAAAGCUCUCAUUAGGAACAAGAAUCCUUCAGUCAAUCAUUUGUGUUCUUACAUGUACACCCAGUUCAUUGAUCGGCCUCACCAUCUUUUUUGCUCUUUUAUACUCUUUUGGAUAGCUUUGAAAAGUUCUCAAGAUUAUGAUAAUGAAAAUUUGUAUGCAUAGAUUGUGUCUCUUUGUGGAAAAAAAGGAGAAUAUUUUAGACCUUGUGUUGCCACUGCUUUUAUGCCAAAGAAUUGUGACUCUUGGAAGUAUUAGUUAGAAUGGGUUAAAUGUUAUAUAUACUGUAUACACAUACUAAUGAGUCAAACCAUUAUGAUCACCUGCUUAAUAUGCUGUUGGUCCUCUGUGUACUGCCAAAACAGUGCAGACCUGCUGAGGCAUGACCUCUACAAGACCCCUAAAGGUGUCCUGUGGUCUCUGGCACCAAGACGUUCAAGUCCGAAGAUCCUUCAAGUCCUGUAGGUUGCGAGGUGGAGCUUCCGUGGAUUGAACUUGUUAGUCUACCACAUCCCACAGAUGUUCAAUUGGAUUAAGAUCUGGGGAAUAUGGAGGCCAGGGCAACACCUUGAACUCUUUAUCAUGUUGCUUAAUCAAUUCCUUAACAAUGUGUGCAGUGUGGUAGGGUGCAUUACCCUGCUAAAAAAAAAGGCCAUUUUAACUAGGAACACCAUUGUCAUGAAGGGGUUUACCUAGAUAAAUAUGUCAAAAUAUAUGUCCACGUGAAUGGCUGGACCCAGGGUUUCCCAGCAAAACAUUGCCCAGACUGUCACACUCCCUCCACCGGCUUGUCAUCAUCCUACAGUGCAUCCUGGUGCCAUCACUUCCCCAGGUAAACGCCGCUCAUGUACACGGUCAUCCACUGAUGUAAAAGAGAAACGGGAUCAGGCAACCUUCUUCCACUGCUCCAAUGUCCAUUUCCGACGCUCACAUGCCCAUUGUAGCUGCUUUUGACAGUGGACAGGGGUCAUCAUAAGCACUCUGAUUAGUUUGUGGCUAUGCAGCAGAGUGUGAUGCACUGUGUGUCGUGACACAUUCCUUCCAUAACCAUCAUAAUAUUUUGUGUGACUUGUGCCACAGUAGACCUUCUGUUGGCUCUGACCAGAAGGGAUAGCCUUCGUUGCCCUUGUGCAUUGAUGAGCCUUGGUCGCCCAACACCCUGUCGCCG